GAAAAGUAGCUUUCCCAGUGAAUUAAAAGUAAGUGUGCGUAUGUUUAUAAAGACGGUUGUGAAAUGAAAUAAAAGGACCAGCUGACCGCUAUAUGAAAAAUGUUCCUAGCGCUAUCUUGUUAAACAUUUCAACACUCCAUGAAGUUUUAAAAUUAAUUUCUGGAAUGCUUAUUAACAAUAAAAUUCCGAUAAAAUUUGUACUUAAACUAUAAGAAAUAAAAAUAAAGUAUUCUGUGUCAAAAAUGGAUUGAAGUUUAUUGAAAAAUAAUUGUGUGGAAACAAUAACUGACAUAAAACAUUAAUGAUGGCUGAAGAUUUACCAUCAACGCAUCCUUUUUACCCUAUAAUAUGUUAUUCAAAAACGGUUUGUAAGGAAGAGCAAAUUCGUUUAAAAGAAUCUAUCAAUGUUUUACUUUAUGAAGAUUUAGAUCACAUUAAAAAACACUGCUUUGAAGGACUUUUGCAUGAACCUCCCGCAUUACGCGCAAUUUAUUGGAAGAUUUUACUUGGUUAUUUACCCCCCGCUAAUUAUGAAUCUUGGAGUCAUAUUUUAAAAAAUAAAAGAAACACUUAUCUGUCUUAUGUCGAAUUAUGCCAAAAAGAAACUAAUGUAAUGGAUUUCAAUAUGUUGACAAAAAAGGGAAAUUCAUGUCAAGAAGAGAUUCAAAGAGAAUGUGAAGACAUCCCGACCUCUUCUGGGCAACAAUUAACAGGAGUUAUGUCAACCGAUUCUUAUUUAUUUGAUCAAAUUAAUAAGGAUGUUUUUAGAACCCAAUGCUUGAGAGCAUUGCUUAAUAAUGCACCACCCAAUUUUUCAAAUAAAACGUUGGAGAAUAAAACAAUACCGUUAUCUAUCUGCAAAAAAGUAAAUAUUCUUUGUCCUGAAUCUUUCUCUGACCAAUUCGCAAGAAUAUUAUAUACUUAUGCAAAAUCCAAUAAGACUUUAAAAUAUGUUCAAGGAAUGAAUGAAAUGUUAGCUGUUAUUUUUUAUGUGAUUUUUCAAGAUAACAAUAAUUUACAAUACAGCGAACAAAUUCGUAAUCCCUUGCAGCAGAAAGAAGCAGAUGCUUUUUUUUGUUUUAGUCAAUUGCUUAAAUUAAAUAAUCACGGAUACUGUUUUUGCCCCUGUUACGAUUUACACCCUUUAGGAAUCAUUGGUCGCGUUCAAAGAUUUUCCUCCAUGCUGAAAAUUCAUGAACCUCAAAUUUACGAUCAUUUUCAAAAUCUUAAAUUGUCGACGCAAUUUUUCGCUUUACGUUGGAUACUUGUUUUAUUUUCUCAGGAUUUUCCUUUACUUGUAGUGUUGCGAUUAUGGGAUAGUUUCAUUUCCGAAGGAGACGCCUAUCAUGAAUCACAACAUGAAUUAUGUUACUUUAUAGCAUUAAGUAUUGUUUCACAGCUCAAACGACAAUUGCUAAUUUGCGACUUUUCCUCGGCUAUUCAAUUACUGCAGCAUAUACCGGUUUUGAUCCCAGAGGUUCUUGUGUCGCAUGCAAUAGGUUUAAGAUGCGACUUUGAGACAAAAACGGAUGGAAUUGUGUAUAAAAUGAUGUGAUACGCUCAUGUAAACAUGUGUUUGUUUUGACACAUUUUCGCUACAAUUUUGACAGUCUGGUUUAAUUUAACAAAAUUUUUAGACGUUUAACAUCACGAUAUUAUGAAAAAAUCAACAAAAGAAUUUUUAUUUUUUUUUUUUAAUUAAAAGUAACGUUUUACGAGGAUUCAAUUAAUUCAAUAGCCUCGUCUAAAACGGCGUUUAUUUGAUUGAGUAAAAAUAACUUGUCUUUA